GCCAACCAACAGCAGCUAGCGCUACAGCGGUCGACACAGUUUAUUAUGACCAGGUUAUGACAGUUUGUAAGGUGAUAAUAACUGUCUAUAUAGUGAUUGAAGACUGAAAAUGAUGACUGUUUUGCACUUGUACGAGUGAUUUCACGUCUUGCUAAGUAACGGUUCGCGGCGAGCAACUGCUACAACUGUAACAGUCCUGAACUGGUUUUCACUACUGUUGCCUAGGUCGGUAGUGUUGUGCGUGGCUGUCCUGUUCGAUUGGACCAUGGUGGAGGUAUUUGUUGGGAAAACUCUGCUCAACAAAGAAGGGGAUCUUAUUGAUCCAGAAGAAACUCUCAGGAAUAAAGUAGUAGGAAUAUAUUUUUCUGCCGGCUGGUGCCCGCCUUGUCGAGAUUUCACCCCUAUUCUAUGCGAUUUUUACACGGAACUUGUCGAGGAGAGCGAGCCACCUGCACAGUUCGAAAUAGUUUUCAUAUCUUCUGACAAGUCAAGUGAUGAUAUGGUGGAAUAUUAUCAUGACAUGCACGGGGACUGGCUGGCCCUGCCUUGGACGGAUCAAUACAAACAUGAUCUAAAGAAGAGGUACAAUAUCACAGCAGUCCCCAAGCUGGUUAUAGUGAAGGAGAAUGGAGACGUGAUCACAGACAAAGGCAGGAAACAGAUCCGGGACCAGGGCCUGGCCUGCUUCAGGAGCUGGCUCGAGGUGGCCGAAGUCUUCCAGAACUUUAAAGCUUCCUAGACAUUCUACAUUCUAGAGCAUUCUACAUUCUAGAGCACCUUCCUGCUCCUAACCCAUAACGACUGUUCUUAUCUAGCUGUCUAUUUGAAAGUUCUGCACUACAACGCAAUACUGUCUAUAUUCUAAACUUCUGCACUACAAUGACAAUAUGGCUUUUUUUCUAAAUAAGAUUUAUAAUACCAGCUACAAUAGAAACAAUGAAUAGACAUGAAUGGCUUAUAUUUUCAGAAUACAUAUUUUGAGGCAUUUGGCUAUUUUUUAUAUUUUGUUUUAUAUGACUUAAAAUGCACAGUAAUGAUUAAAUCCUUUGCUGUCUGUU